AUGGACGAUGCACGAAAAAAGAUCUCGAAGGGUGUGCUGGACAUGAGAUUCAUGCAAAAAACAAAACAAAGACUACAAAGAAAUGCAAAUAAGAAAAUAGAAGAAUUAAAGAAUGAAAAUCUCUUAGAAGAUUCAGAAAUCAAACAUGAACCAACAGUUGAGUUUAGUACUGAUAUAACUUCCUUAGAAGGUCUUAAGUUCGGUAGGAUGUCAUACAAAGGAUUCAAUGAAGAAGUUGAGAAAUUAAUGGUUUAUCAUGAAAGGAUACGGAAUGGCGAAGACUCGGAAGAGUCUGAAGAUGAUGAAGAAGUUGAUGUCCAAGAUAAGGAAAUGGCUUCAGCACUUGGCGGCCAAGGAUCUGAAGCUAUACGUAAGAAGUUUGCUAGUAAGCACGAUCGUUUGAUGUUAAUGGAUCAACAAGCUCGAGGAAAGCUUAACUUCGAUCCAGCUUCGAUUCGUAAGCGUGUUGUAGACAAAUCAUGGGCGGAAGCUAGUACAUCAAGUAAAUUUAUGAAACCAAAUGAUGAAUGA